AACUGCGUUGACUACAAAGCAACCAACAUGUCUACCUUCGCCUUCUUGCUCCUCUGCGUCCAAGCUUGCUUGAUUCAGAAUGUAUGCAGCCAAUACUUGCGUGGUCCUAUUGGACCCGCUGUAGGAUGCGAAGCCGGUCUUAUUAGCCCCGCUGGAUUGGGACUGGGCGUUGGUCUCGCCAGUCCCGCUGCUUUGGGCUAUGGUGUUGGUCUUGCUGCUCCUUGCGGUGUCGCUGCCUAUGGAGGUGCCGGUGUCGGUGAUGUAGCAGUCGGUGGAGAGAUGGGCGUCGCUGGUAACACUCUGGUUGCUGGUCAAGUGCCGAUUCUCGGUGGUGUUGAGUUCGGAGGUAUCGUACCAGCCGCUGGCGCUGUCUCCAUUGCCGGUAGCUGUGGUUGCGGCUGCAAUGGUGCUAUACUAUAGGAAUAUAUUUACUGAAAAAAAAUGUGAUAUUAAAAAAAUUAUAAAUACAAAAAUAAUAAAAUA